AAGGCAGGAAAAUGGCUAAGAAGAAGCUAACAAUGAUGUACAAACUUGUGUCCCAAGCUGGAACAGGAUACUAUUACUGGGGAGAGAAAAGUGUGAAGCAAGCCGCUAGAAAAAUGACACUGCUGAAAUAUGACCCAUUGGUGAAUAGACAUGUCUUGUUCACAGAAAUUAAAAUGAAAUCAGGUAGAAAGAGAUAAUCACUCGUCC